AUGUCUAAGUUAAAUUAUGCAGUCAAUUUGUACCUGAAGGAUAUUCUGAAUUACAGGUCGUAUCUGGCGUUCCGCCACCCGACCAGCCAGGGGCUGCGCAGCUCGCUGUUCGCACCCUUCUGCAGCAGCGUGUGGGUGGCCAGCGGUGCCGUCUGGCUUCUUAUCAUGAGCUCGCUGCGGCUCAUCACGUGGAUCGGCUCGCGCCAGGCGGGCAGCAUCGUGCAGGCUGAGAGCUCCUGGGGCGCCGUCGUCGUCUUCGCCGCCUGCGCUAUUGGCUUACAAGAUAAGGUUGCUGAGAUGAAUAUUUAUGGUGAUGAUGGCUUAGGCAUCAAUGUAUCAUUUCAGGAAGAUAAAGUGUUUGACAGUGAAUUGAUGUGUAAUUUUGUUGAAGCUGUUCUAUUGAUACGUAAGGCCGUGGUGCGUUGCGCAGGCACAACGGAGCGGUCGCAGUGGCUGUCGUGGCGCGUGGUGCUGCUGUUCACGUUCCUGCUGUCGCUGAUGCUCAACACGUACUACGGCGCCGCCGUCGUGGGGUCACUGCUCGUACCGCCGCCCAAGACCAUUCGUACGCUGCGACACCUGAUAGACAGCCCCAUACAGGUCGGCAUUGAGGACAUCGGCUACAAUCGUGACUACCUUGAGAAAUCGACAGAUCCAGUUGUGCGCGAGCUGUUCGUACGCAAGGUGUUCCCGCCGACAGCGAAACGGCCAGCCUACUACCAGAUCGAUGUGGGCGUGGAGCGUAUGCGCACGUCGCUGUUCGCAUUCCAGGCGGAGGCGGUAACGAUGUACCCGCUCAUCCUGCGCACGUUCAGCGAACGCGGGAAAUGCGCGCUCUCAGAGAUCAUCCUGGUGCCCCACGGCAUGACCUAUCUUGCAGUCCCCAAGGGCUCGCCGCUGCGGGAGCACAUGUCGUACGGGCUACGCAAAGUGUGGGAGAGUGGGCUGCUGAACUACCAGGAGCGCAUCUGGCACCCGCCGCGGCCGCCCUGUCUGCAGGCGGGAGAGGCGGAGAGCAUCCGCAUCAUGUCGGUGGCACCGGCAUUCCUCAUAGCCAUUGCAGGCAUCCCGCUCGCCUGCCUCAUCGCCUGCAUCGAGCAACUCAGGUCCGAGUUCGAGGAAAUAUUUCUAGCUCUAUCUACUUCAGUCUCUCUUUCCUAA